AUGAAAAGGGGGGUGGCCGGGGGAGCAGCCGCCAUGCCGUCGUCGCCACGAAGGUGCCGUCGGUCCGAGGUUUUGACGGCCGACCGAAAUAUUACAUCCCCCUCCGCUACAGCCGCCGGCCAUCCGCCACUGCCUCAUCUCCCUCUUCUAAGCUUCCAAGCGCGAUAUGAUGAAUUUGUUGCAAUCCGAUCUCGCUUGACCUCCUCACUCAUUUGCUCUUAUUAA